AUGCGUUUCGUGUAUUCUCACUUCCCCAUCAACCUUAACAUCAUUGACGGUGGAAAGGUCGUCGAGAUCCGGAACUUUUUGGGGGAGAAACGCGUGCGAAUCGUCAAGCUUCUUCCUGGCGUUAUUUGUGAAAAGAGCACAAACGUAAAGGACGAGAUUGCCCUAAAGGGAACGGACCUCGAGCUUGUGUCUCGUUCAGCCGCACUCAUCCACCAGGCAACGCUGGUACGCCGUAAGGAUAUCAGGAAGUUUUUGGACGGCAUCUACGUGUCCGAGAAGGGAACACUUGAGAAGACGGACUGA